AGAGUCUUGCGAGUGCGUAAAAAAGUCCUCGCCUGGGUGACGGAUGCUCAAAAGUUCAGAAGUUUUUCCAAAUGCGUCCCCGAGCAGCUCGCGGCUGAGAACCGGAGAGUGACGGGAAAGGAGAGACCCGGGCGGCGCUUGCAAGCCGAGAUCGCUAGGCGAAGGUGGAUAUUUCCUCUCCUCUUCCUGCUUGAGAAAGAAAAAAUACGCCGUCCUGAUCUUUCCCCCCCAGCCUGCUGUUUGCUCCGCUCGGGUCCUGCUCUCUUUUUGUGCCCCUUUGGAGCCAACCUGUUGCAGAGUUCAGCGGACGAAGAAGCGGGAAGGACGCUUAGGAGUUGCCAGAAGGGCUCCGGGAGGAGCGCGCGUCGCUGUUCCGCCGCGAUGGAAGUCCAGGGCUCGUCCUCGCUUCGGGGGAGCGUCGGCGCCCCGUCCUAAGGCGGCCAAGGCGACUCCUGCCCCGGCGCCCGGCGGCUUUUGAUUCUUUUCAUUGUUGCACGCCCGAGCGGGGGAGGGGAGGGGAGAAGCGCCGGAGGCCCCCCCCGCCUCUCCCCCCUCCCGCCUGGGAAAGCAGGAAGAUCCUGGUCGCCUCUCCGGGUUUCUACGUCCUUGGCUCUGGAGCUGCGGAGGGGUGGAGGGGGGCAAGCAGCGGCGGCGGCGGAGGAGGCGGAGGAGGAGGCGGCGGCGGAGGAGCGGGCCGGUCUGCUGCUUGGCCCGGCUGGGCGGCGGGGAGGGAGGCCAUGCAGGCUCGCUACCCGGUCUCCAGCCCCAACUCGCUGGGAGUGGUGCCCUACCUCGGCGGCGAACAGAGCUACUACCGGGCGGCGGGCGGCGGCUACGCGGCCAUGCCGGCCCCGAUGAGCAUGUACUCGGCCCACCCGGCGGCCCAUGAGCAGUACGCGGGCGGCGGCGCGGGCGGCGGCGGCAUGGGCCGGCCGUACGGACCCUACCCGUCGGCGCCGCAGCCCAAGGACCUGGUGAAGCCGCCCUACAGCUACAUCGCGCUCAUCACCAUGGCCAUCCAGAACGCGCCCGACAAGAAGAUCACGCUCAACGGCAUCUACCAGUUCAUCAUGGAGCGCUUCCCCUUCUACCGCGACAACAAGCAGGGCUGGCAGAACUCCAUCCGCCACAACCUCUCGCUCAACGAGUGCUUCGUCAAGGUGCCCCGCGACGACAAGAAGCCCGGCAAGGGCAGCUACUGGACGCUCGACCCGGACUCCUACAACAUGUUCGAGAACGGCUCCUUCCUGCGCCGCCGCCGCCGCUUCAAGAAGAAGGACGCCGUCAAGGACAAGGAGGAGAAGGAGCGCCUCCACCUCAAGGAGCCGCCGCCGCCGCCGCGGGCCCCGCCGCCCGAGCAGCCGCCCCCCGUCCGCCUGCAGGACAUCAAGACCGAGAACGGCGCCGCCUCGCCCCCGCACGCCGUCUCCCCGCUGGGCGGCGCCCCCGUGCCCAAGAUCGAGAGCCCCGAGAGCUCCAGCACCAGCAGCCUCUCCAGCGGCGGCGGCGGCGGCAGCCCGCACCGGGGCGGCGGCGGCAGGGCGCUGGGCCUGGACCCCGGCCCGGUGGCGGCGGAGCCCCAGGCGCCGCCGCCGCCGCCGCCGCACCACGCGCACCACCACCCGCACCACCACCCCCAGCAGCCGGGCGGCGGCGGCUUCAGCGUGGACAACAUCAUCAUGAGCUCCUUGCGCGCCUCGCCGCAGGGCCCCGGGGAGCUGCUGGCCCUGCCGCCCGCCUCCACCGCGGCCUCCCGGCCUGCCGCCCUCCCGCCGCCCUCCCUGGCCCUGAGCAGCUGCUACGCGCCGGCGCCGGCGGGCCAGAGCGCGCUCUACAGCGCCCCCUGCAGCCAGGGCGCCAGCACCACCGGCAGCCACAGCAGCGCGGGAAGCGCCGCCGCCACGCAGGCCGGGGGAGGAGGCGGCGGCGGCGGCAGCUACCACUGCAACCUGCAAGCCAUGAGCCUCUACGCCGCCGCCGCCGCCGCUGCAGCCGCCGCCGCGGGGGGAGCGGGCGGCGGCGGAGGCGGCGAGCGCGGCGGAGGCCAGCUGGGGGGCAGCCCGGUGGAGCAGGACCCGCUGCCCGAGUACAGCCUGGCGGCCAGCAGCAGCAGCAGCGCCUCGUCGCUCAGCCUCAGCCCGCCCGAGGGGCACCCGCAGGGCGGCGGCCGCCUGGCCUCCUGGUACCUCAACCAAGCCACGGCCGUGGGGGAGCUGGCCCACUUGGCGCCCGCCGCGGCGGCGGCAGCGGCGGCGGCGGCUUCCUCGGCCUCGCCCGGCUACCCGAGCCAGCAGCAGAACUUCCACGCCGUGAGGGAGAUGUUCGAGUCCUCGCAGCGGCUGGGCCUGGCCAACGCGCCCGUCAACGGCGGCGGCCCGGCCAGCAGCUGCCAAAUGGCCUUCCCGGGCAGCCAGGCCCUCUACCGCCCCUCCGGCGCCUUCGUCUACGACUGCAGCAAGUUCUGACCGGAGGCGACGCCCCCCGGGACGAGCCAAGCCGCCGAAGCGCCCCUCAAAAACUCUUUAUGUACAAAGACAGCAACUUUUUGUAUUGCUCUGG